AUGUUCAUGGAGAUAAAGAGCCAUGUUCAGUACGCCGCACAAAGGCUAGGUGUCGAGGUCAAAAUUUUGUUUAAGCCUUCAGUGCUGUAUAACGAAGCCAGGGAGCGUACAUGUUUAAAAGAUGGAGGCUACAACGCUUUUUACCUCGCCUUCACUUACUUUGGGUAUCACGAUCCUCAACUUUUUAUAUGCAUCUUGAGCAGUUUGCCCAAAGACUCUCAAACAAGAGAGCACAAGGUCUCACAAAUUUGGCAUAGCUUACAAAUGGUGCUUAUAUUCAUAUUAAUUGAAAGGUGUGCUAACGUCGUUCGCACAGACACGUCCCAGCUGAAGCCAUUGAUCCACAAGCUGAAACCAAGCUGUUUCACCACAGUAACGUUUGUCACAACCGAUAUACAUUAUACUGCGGGGUUAUUCACGGGAUGUCUUUUGUCUCCUCUCAAAUAUCCGAUCAUUGUACCGAACGUACUGGCGAUAAUUAUAGUACUGGCACAACACCUGGUAACCGUUUCAGAGACGUUACAGUCCAGGAGUAUCGUUGUCGUUUUUGUUCUCGUGACUCUCGCUGUAGUUGCUCCGUCACAACCUGCUUAUGACUAUGACCUUGAUUCCGCAUACAAGGAACCUGCCAAGUACGACUUCAACUAUGCGGUAAGGGACGACUACUCUGGCAACGACUUCGGCCACCAGGAAACUCGCAAUAACUACAACACUCAGGGUUCCUACUAUGUCCUUCUUCCUGACGGUCGUCUACAGAAGGUUACCUACACUGUCAACGGCGACUCUGGCUACGUAGUUGAGGUCAGCUAUGAGGGUGAGGCCCAGUAUCCUGAGUACAAGCCUGCCCCUGCCUACAAGCCUGUCCCUGUCUACGAAUCAGCACCUGCCUACAAGCCUGGUCUUGCAUACGAAACUGCUCCUACCUACGAGCCUGCCCCUGUUUACGAACCUGCACCUGCCUACGAACCUGCACUUACCUACAAACCUGCACCUGCCUACGAACCUGUACCUGUCAACAACCCUGCACCUGCCUACGAACCUGUCCCUGUCUACACGCCUUCUCCUGCUUACGAACCCGCUUCUUCCUACAAGCCAAACCCGGUCUACGUUUAA